AUGAGCAGAUUGAAACAGGCCGUGAUAAGACCAUCAUAUAGCGACGAAGAGUCUGGAAGCGAUUUAGAACCGGAAGUUUCCAGCUUUCUGAAAUCCAGAGCCGAUGAGAGCGACGAUGAGCUAGCCACCCUUUCCUUCGGAUCUCUAAGCUCAGCUCAAAAGAAGAUAGAGCAGGAAUCCAGAGGUGAAAGAAAGAGUAAGCUGUCAAGUUCAAAGUCACCUGGUUCCUCAUCUUCAUCUGCACAAAAUUUUAGAGGUUCUAGGAAGUUCACGGGUGCAGACACUAAGAAGAAAAGUAAGCAUGCUCCAUCAGAGUCUUCCUCAAAGGCACCAGUGUCUAAGGUGCGAGAAAUAGAAGGACUUGGCUCCAAAUACAAGGAUAACAGCUUGUACAGAGAUAUACGGUUUGAUGCUGCGUACGGUAAGGCCGAUUUGGGCGCAAUUAGGAAGAACUAUGCGUUCCUCGACGAGUAUAGAGAACAGGAGCUCUCCCAAAUGAAGCUGAUGCUUAAGGAUAAGAAGUCUGCGAGCUUGCUAUCGAACAGAGAAAGAGAAGACAUCGAGUACAAGGUGCAAUCUUUGAAGUCUAGGUUGGAUACUAUGAAGAACAGAGACUUGGAAACUAAGAUCUUGACUGACCACAAGAAGGAGCAAUUGAAGAAGUUCAAGGACGGCUCGCAGACCAACCCGUACUUCUUGAAGAAGAGUGACAAGCGUAAGUUGAUCCAGAAGGCCAAGUUCGACACCAUGAGGUCGUCUCAAAGAGAGAAGGUGAUGGAGAGAAAGAGAAAGAGAAGAUUAGGGAAGGAAUUCAGAGAGUUGGAGUUCAACCAAAACCAACUGGGAAGGAAAUAA